UGACCCGGAAUCGGAUUCUGGUCCCGCCCCCUCCGCCAGGCUUCGUUCUGCAACAGGCGUGGGUCACGCUCUCGCUCGCUCUCUUUCUGCCGCCAUCUUGGUUCCGCGUUCCCCGCACAAAAUGCCCGGUGAAGCCACAGAAACCGUUCCUGCUACAGAGCAGGAGUUGCCACAGCCCCAGGCUGAGACAGCUUUGCUUCCUGUGUCUUCAGCCUUGAGUGUCACUGCUGCUUCAGGGCAGCCUAAACCUACCCCUACGCCUACCCCUCCUUGUUCCCUGGCCUCCCAACAAUGCCCUCUGGCAACCCCUAACCAGCCUUCCUCAUUCCUUUCUCCCUCUACUAUUGCCUCAACCCCUUUUGAAGCUCCUUUUCCUGAGUCAUCCACUGGGACAGCCCUGCCUUUGGGAGCUUCCCCUCCCCCCGCUGGCACCCCAGCUUUCCUACCAAACCUAAUAGGGCCUCCCAUCUCCCCAGCUGCCUUAGCUCUGGCCUCUCCCAUAAUAACUCCAACCCUGAAAGGUGUUCAUUCCUCUUCAGCUCCCUUGGCUUUGGUGGCCUUGGCUCCCCACUCAGUUCAGAAGAGCUCUGGCUAUCCACCUAACUCUCUUAGUUCACCUCCUUCAGUUGCUGUGAUUGACUCAGGGUCAGUGACAUCUCUAUCAGUUCCAGUUGCUUCCUCAGAACCAAAGCCCUCUCAUCUUCAAGCUCCCUCUCAAGUAGUCCCUAAUCCAAAAAGUACCCCCAGCCCUCCAGGUAUAGUCAGUGCUGUUCCUUCGCAUCUUGUAACUCCUUUGGCCUCUCUUCAGUCUGGACUAGCCUCAUGUCCUCAGACACCACCUGCCACUCCCCUAGCCAUCCCUUCCCCUCAGGUCAAAGGCAUCCCUAUUUCCUCAGCUCUGACUUCUCCACAAAACCCUGCAAGCCUCAGCCUAAAGGGACCCCUUAGUCCACCUGCUGCUUUAUCUCUUUCAACUCAGUCUAUUCCUUUGGCUCCUCAUGCCCCCCCAGUUUUCCUCACUUCUCUUGGUUCUCCUGUUCAACCUUCAGGUUCUAAUAUUCUGUCAGAUCCCAUAGAGGAUACUGUUUCUGUAGAUCAUUCUUCCACGGGUACCUCUUACCCUUCUCAGAGAUCUCUAAUUUCUCCCCUUCUUUCCAAAAAUGAGGUGGUUCCUACUGCUCUGGCUGCUUUUCCAGUGGGGGCUCCAUCUUCCCCUCUGGCUCUGUCUGCUGACAAAGGCCUCUCUACUGUCACUGACGUAGCCUCUUCCAAUGUAGCUACCUCUUCUCUGUUAUCUCCUACAGCCUCUUUGAUUCUCAGAGACUCUCCUGGUGCUGCUCAUCAACCUUUGGUGGCCCAGAUUCUUGGUUCUUCUCCAGGGAGGCCAGACUUGAAAGAAGCUCCUGUUUCUUCUGUUGGAACCACCCCAGUUGGGAUGGCUAACUCCUCUACAGUUUCUGCAGCACCUGUUACCUGUGAGGUAGAUACUUGUGUCUCUCUUCCAGUUUCAUUAGGUCCCAUGAGCAGUAAGGACUCAGUUUCCCAAACUGCCUUGGUUAUGGCGCCUGUGGCUCCCAAAGAGCUUCCUGCUCCUCAAGUAACAACCACUCUGGGGAUACCAGUCUCUCAACCUCUGCCAGCCCCUGAGGACCCCAAAAGUCUCCCUGUUUCACCAGCCCUGGCAGCCCCUAAAAAUCUCCCUUCUCUCCAAAGUACAUCAUCUUCUCUGGAGAUAGCUCUUUCUCCUGAAGCCACCUUAGCAAAGAAAAGCUUCCUAGAGCCUCUCCCUCUAGUUAAGCCAGCCAGUACUACUACCUCUUCUCUGGGGGUCAACUCCUCAACCUCUAUAAUCAAGACAGAUUCUUAUGCAAGCCCAGAUCCAACUAGUCUGCUUCUCAAAAGUUCUCUCACUAUCCCAACUGUAACUACAUUUCCUUUGGAAAGCACUGCCAUUGAUGGGAUGGCUCCUACAACUGCCAAAGGUACCUCCACUCCUACACCUGUAGCCAGUCCUUUUCUAGAAGGAGCUGUCUCUUUAGAUUCUAAAAGCCACCCUGCCAAGAAAAGUACUUCCACUCUUACUACUUUACCUUUGGUCCCUCCAACCUCUCAGAGUUGCCCUGUGGCUCCAGCUGUGACUUCAUCUCCCCAGAAUGUUUCUGCUCCAGCUACUGUGGCACAGGUCCCUGAAAUUCCCAAGUCUGAGUCUUUUCCCCCUCUUCCUCUAGCUGGUACUCCUCAAGGUGCAAAGAAAGUUCAUGGUAUUUCUCAAACUUCAGCAUUGGCACCUGUGGCUUCCUCUCCUGAAGGGUACCCAACUGAGGACUCUGGUGCUUCUGUUAUUGCAUCUUCCAAAGGAACUUACCCAACUGACUCCCCAUCUCCUUUAGGGACUAGUAUGUCUCCUCAAACCAAAAGAACUCCAACCAAGAAGGGUUCAGCUACUACUACCUUAAGUCUUGCUCCUUCUGUUUCUAAAAGUGUACCUGCUAUCCCUGAUACUCCUGCUGGAAAUCUGUCAUUCACUGUUUCUCCAGUUGAAGCUUCCUCUCUUCCAGAGGCCAAUCUUUCUUUUCAUGUCCGUAGAGGAUCACUAGCCAAGAAGCAUUCCCCUACUCCCCCAUCCCCCAAAGAGGCUCCCAUUCCCUUACCUAUGUCUCCACCUUCCCCCAAAGCCGGGCCAGCAACCCCAUCCCCUAAAGAAACCAUAACUCCUCCAGCUGUGACUCCUUCCUCUCCCAAAGGAGCCCCAGCAACUCCAUCUCCCAGAGAGUCCCCAGCUACCCCAUCUCCCAAAGAGGCUCCCACUCCCUCAGUUGUGGCGCCUCCUUCCCCCAAAGGGGGACCAGCAACCUCAUUACCUAAAGAGACCCCCACUCCUCCAGCUGUGACUCCUUCCUCCCCCAAAGGAGCCCUUACUUCCCCCAAAGGGGGCCCAGCAACCCCCUCUCCCAAAGAGCCCCUCACUUCGUCAGCUGCGGCUCCUCCCUCUCCCAAAGGGGGCCCAGCAACAACAUCUCCCAAAAGAGCCCCAGCUACCCCACCUCCAAAGGGGGGCUCCACUCCCCCAACUGUGGCUCCUCCUUCCCCCAAAGGAGACCCAGCAACUCCAUCUCCCAAAGAGGCUCCUGUUCCCUCAGCUCUGACUCCUUCCUCCCUCAAAGGGACUCCAGCCCCCAUAAGAGCUUCAGCUAUCCCACCUCCCAAAGGGGAUUCCACCCUCCCAGCUGUGGCUCCUCCCUCCCCCAAAGGAGGCCCAGCAACUCCAUCUCCCAAAAGAGCCUCAGCUACUCCACCUCCCAAAAGAGACUCCACUCCCCCAGCUAUGGCUCCUCACACCCCCAAAGAGGCCCUAGCAACUCCACUCAAAGGAGCCUCCACUCCCUCAGCUGUGGCUCCUCCCUCUCCAAAAAAGGCCCCAGCAACUCCAUCACUCAAAGGAGUCUCCACUCCCUCAGCUGCGGCUCCUCCCUCUCCAAAAAAGGCCCCAGCAACUCCAUCACUCAAAGGAGUCACCACUCCCUCAGCUGUGGCUCCUCCCUCCCCCAAAGGGGGCCCAGCAACUCCAUCUCCCAAAAGAGCCCCAGCUACUUCACCUCUCAAAGGAGACCCUACUCCCCCAUCUGUGGCUCCUCCCUCCCCCAAAAGAGCCUCAGCAACUCUGGUCCCCAAAGAGUCUCCAGCAACCCCAGACCCCAGAGAAGUCCCCACUUCCCCAGCCAUGGCUCCUUCCUCCCCCAAAGGGGGCCCAGCAACUCCAUCUCCCAGAAGAGCCCCAGCUGCCCCACCUCUCAGAGGAGACCCGACUCUGCCAUCUGUGACUCCUCCCUCCCCAAAAAGAGCCUCAGCAACUCCAGCCCUCAAAGAGGGCCCUACUCCCUCAGCUGUAACUCCUCCCUCCCCCCAAAAGUCUCUAGCCCCCAAAGGGGGGCCAACAUCCUCAUCCUCCAAAGGGACUCCCACUCCCCCAGCUGUGAUUCCUCCCUCCCCCAAAGAGGCCUGUACUUCCCCAGUUUCAGUCACAUGUCCCUUGGGGUCCACUGCACCUCAGGCAUCUAAAGGGCCCCCAAUAAAGAAAGGCCCCACAGCUCUCAAAGCAGUGCUUGAUGCUCCAGCUCUAGAAAGUGCACCAGUCGUCACAGCUCCCAGUCAGAAGAAGAGUUCUAUUUCAUCACCUCCUGUGUGCCCAGAUCCCUCAGCUCAGAAUGGUACAAAAGGAUCCCUUCCUACAGUGGCUCCAGCUCCUCUACUGACAGUCUGCACUCAGAAAGGUUCUUCUCCAAAGGCUCCAAAACCCCUCCCUAUUUCUCUCUUAAAGGGCAAAGACUCUUUCCAUUCCCCAAAGGGCCCCUUGGCUCCUCCUGAGUCUGAGACAUCUACCCCUUCAGCAGUAGCUGCCCCAGAGAAGGUCCUUCCUAAAGCUGGAUCUGCAUCUGUCUCUCCAGCACCUACCCCAUCAGUCUCUCUGCCUCUUGCUCCCUCCCCAGUUCCCCCUCUGCUCCCUAAACAGCAAUCUCUGCCGUCCUCACCUGGGCUGGUGCUGGAAUCGCCCCGUAAGCCCUCAGCCCCUGCUGAUGAGGAUGAGCUGCCGCCUCUGAUUCCCCCGGAACCAAUCUCCGGGGGAGUGCCUUUCCAGCCGGUCCUCGUCAACAUGCCCACCCCCAAACCUGCUGGGAUCCCUGCCCCAACCCCCUCUGCCAAGCAGCCUGUUCUGAAGAAUAAUAAGGGGUCUGGAACAGAAUCUGAUAGUGAUGAAUCAGUACCAGAGCUUGAGGAACAGGAUUCUACACAGGCAACCACACAACAAGCCCAGCUGGCAGCGGCAGCUGAAAUCGAUGAAGAACCAGUCAGUAAAGCAAAACAGAGCCGGAGUGAAAAGAAGGCACGGAAGGCUAUGUCCAAACUGGGUCUUCGACAGGUUACAGGGGUUACUAGAGUCACUAUCCGGAAAUCUAAGAAUAUCCUUUUUGUCAUCACAAAACCAGAUGUAUACAAGAGCCCAGCUUCAGAUACCUACAUAGUUUUUGGGGAAGCCAAGAUCGAGGAUUUAUCUCAGCAAGCACAGUUAGCAGCUGCUGAGAAAUUCAAAGUUCAAGGUGAAGCUGUCUCAAACAUCCAAGAAAACACACAGACUCCAACUGUACAAGAGGAGAGUGAAGAGGAAGAGGUUGAUGAAACAGGUGUGGAAGUUAAGGACAUAGAAUUGGUCAUGUCACAAGCAAAUGUGUCGAGAGCAAAGGCAGUCCGAGCCCUGAAGAACAACAGUAAUGAUAUUGUAAAUGCUAUUAUGGAAUUAACAAUGUAACCAUCUUGAAAAGAGGACCUUUUUUUUGGUGUUUCAAAAGAGUAACUGCAGCUGGGUUUGAAAUUUGUACUGUUUCUAUCAUUAAUAAAGUUAUGGCUUCUUGUUGGAUGAA